UCCCCUUUCGCCCAUCUCUGGCUCUUUGGCACGGCUUGUUUACUGGCGGAGAAGAGACUCUGGGAAAACGGGAUCUUAGGACCUGUGCGCAUAAGAUCUACCUCUCUAUCUCUCUACAACAAGAAAAAAAAGACAAAAACAUAUUUAAAGUGUAUUUUGACUUGAUUUUUACCACUUCUUUCCGACCUGAGGCAGCUUUGUGACGCGUGGACACAAGUUGGAGUUUUUUUUUAUUCCCAAACAUUGCGGAGCGCAGCUGACUGACAGUGCAACGCUGGGGAAGUCUAUACAUGCUCAUUGAAAUCUCUGCAGUGACUGGACAGCCUUGAGGUGCAGCUUUUGCGUUCAAAUUUGUUAUUUACCGCUAAAACGAGUCCAUAACUAACUGUAUUCGUCUAUACGUUUGGAGGACUUGACAAGAUUUUGUGCGAAAAAAGCGCAAGCCAACGCCACGCAUGCCAUAACCAUCGAGUCAACAGCAGCGACACAUUUUGUACAUUAUUUAGUUAAGUUUUGUCUAUGUGUCGCUUUUGAUGCAUGCGUUUUGAUAUUGGUAACAUAAAAAGAAGAAAUCGGACUAUUUGCGUGUUGUAACAUGCGGACAAAGUUGUUUUAAAAGGGCUAAAUUGAGAGCAGAGAAAACUUUGCUUGUGGCCUGUCUUCACAUUACUGUUAGCACAAGUGCGUUUGCUAAGCUAGCUAUUGACAUUAGCCCGAACUGCGUCAAAAUAAGUCGUGUUUGGUGUCAUUUUUUCCAUCAUGGACGAACUCAACUUGGACACUUAAGUCGACAGAUUGUUCUUAACGUGCAAACAAUGCUCAAUUUCAUGUUACAAGUGAUAUUUAUCUACGAGGAGCGCUUUUAACCUGCGCUAGCUUGUGUUGCAUGUUAGCGUGUGUUGUCGGACUGAACACGUUGGAUUCGUUCCUCCGCCCAUUUUCCGGGAUCAUGCCUUUUAUUUAGUUUUAUUUACCUGUCAGCUGCCACACAAAAGCCAUUUCCUAAAAGGUUUCGGCUAUACCACAGUGAACCAGCCUUUUUCUACGAGGAAUAUUUAGGAUUCGUGGAGGAAGGAGCAGCGGACCGAGGGCGCUGUCACAACCGCAUUCAGUGAUGUGGCUUCGGACUUUGUGUUUUGUUGUGGUCGCCGUCUGCAUACUGAGCUGUCACCGAGCGAACGGAGAAAUCUGUUCGAGCAAAGACAUCAGGAACAAUGUGACAAAUCUACAGGUUUUGGAGAACUGCACCAUCAUCGAAGGCCACUUGAAGAUCUUGUUGAUGUUCAGGACUAAAGCUGAGGACUUCCGUGGCGUCAGUUUCCCUAAGCUUACUGUUGUCACCGAUUACCUUCUCAUGUUUCGAGUCUAUGGUUUAGAAAGCCUCAGCGACCUGUUCCCAAAUCUCACCUUGAUACGUGGGAGCAAUUUAUUCUUUAACUAUGCUUUGGUCAUUUUCGAGAUGAUCCAGCUUCGAGAGAUUGGUCUGCAUAAUCUAAUGAACAUCACGCGAGGAGCAGUGAGGAUAGAGAAGAAUCCAGAUCUGUGCUAUCUCUCCACGUUAGAUUGGUCUAAGAUUCUGGACUCUGUGGCGGACAAUUACAUUGUGUUUAAUAAGAACGAGAGAGAGUGCGGAGACGUCUGCCCUGGGGCGGCUGUGGGCAAGACCACCUGCCAGACCACCACCAUCAACGGGCUCUUCAACGAGAGGUGCUGGAACCAGAAGCACUGCCAGAGAAUGUGUCCCGCUCACUGUAAGCACCGCGCCUGCACCAAAGACGAUCAGUGCUGUCAUGAGCAGUGUCUGGGCGGCUGCUCCAAACCCAACUCUGCAGCGCACUGUGUGGCCUGCAGGGGGCUCCAGCACCAGGACACAUGUGUGGACCGGUGUCCCCCAAACUACUACCUCUACCGGGGCUGGAGGUGCGUGCCCUUCUCCUUCUGCCAGGACCUCCACAACAAGUGCAAGUGGGAGAAAGAGCGCAGCAAGAACAUUGACUGUCAUGAGUAUGUGAUCCACAACGGAGCCUGUAUCCCUGAGUGCCCCUCUGGAUACACCACUGUCAACUCCUUUGCGCUGAUGUGUACCCUCUGCACUGGGCUAUGUCCAAAGAUCUGUAUGGGGCAGAAGACCAUUGACUCAGUCACAGCGGCUCAGGCUCUGAGGGGCUGCACCAUUCUCAAUGGCAGCCUGAUCAUCAAACUCAGAGGAGGAAACAACAUUGCUGCAGAGCUGGAAGCCAGUCUGGGGCAGUUGGAGGAGAUCACAGGGUAUCUGGCAGUUCAGAGGUCAUAUGCACUGGUGUCCCUUUUCUUCUUCAGAAAACUGAGGACAAUCCGAGGAGAAGAGCUAUACAACGGGAACUUUUCAUUCUACGCUCUGGACAAUCAAAACCUCCGUCAGCUGUGGGACUGGUCCAAACACAAGCUAACCAUUCAAAAGGGACACAUCGUUUUCCUGUAUAACUCCAAACUCUGUAUAUCCGAAAUAUUCAAGAUGGUGGAAGUCACUGGAGCCUCGAUACAGAACAAGGAAGACAUCAGGAAGACUAAUGGAGAGCAGGCUUCAUGUGAGACCCACUCGCUAACGUUCAGUAUGAUCCGAACUUCGAGUGAUAAGAUUUUGGUGAGAUGGAAACCUUUUUGGCCGACAGACUUCAGAGACCUGCUGGGCUUCAUGGUACUCUACAAAGAGGCCCCAUUUCAGAAUGUGACAGAAUUUGAUGGUCAGGACGCCUGUGGGUCGAACAGUUGGGUGAUCGCAGACGUAGAGCCUCCUCCGCGGACCACCGACGUGGUGAAAGACCAAGCGGAGCCUGGGCACCUGAUCAUGCCCCUAAAGCCCUGGACUCAGUAUGCCAUCAUGGUCAAAACACAGCUGUCCGCCUCUGACGAGCACCAGGUCCAAGGAGCUAAGAGUGAUAUCAUCUAUGUCCGCACUGAAGCUACAAAGCCGUCCGUGCCGCUGGAUCCCAGAUCUUCAGCUAAGUCCUCAUCUCAGAUCCUGCUCAUGUGGAAACCUCCAAACGACCCAAACGGAAACAUCACGCACUACCUGGUCUUCUGCCAACGCCAAGCUGAAGCCAUCGAGCUCUACAAGUUUGACUACUGCCAGAAAGGUAUGAAGUUGCCCACCCGAGGGUCAGCGCAGGUAGACAGUAGCGAGGAGCAGAAGGGGAACCAGACAGAGGAACACGGACCGGACAAACAGUGCUGCGCCUGUCCCAAAACUGAGAAGGAGCUCAAGAAGGAGAAGGAGGACUCAGAAUACCGCAAAACAUUCGAGGACUACCUCCACAAUGAGGUCUUCGAAAUCAAACGUAGCAGAAAGCGUCGUGCAGUGGUGGGCAUUGCGAACCACACUCUGCCCUUCCUGACGACGCCCCCAUCUCCCACCGUGGCACCGGACGGGGAGGACAAGGAGAGCUUUGAGAGCACACGCACCGUGAUCACAGUCCACGACAAAGAGUCUGCGGUUGUCUCAAACCUGAGACACUUCACCAGCUACCAGAUUGAGAUCCACGCCUGUAACCACCCCACAGACCAGGCACGCUGCAGUAUGGCAGCCUACGUCAGCGCGCGCACACUGCCAGAAGAUAAAGCUGACGACAUCAUGCCCCCCAUCGUGUAUGAAGUGGUUGAGAAAACUGUGCAUAUUUCGUGGAGAGAACCGACUGCUCCCAACGGCAUGAUCAUCUUAUACGAGGUCAACUACAAACGGCUGGGAGACAGCGAGGAGCUUCACCACUGCGUGUCCCGAAACAUGUACAGACAGACUCGAGGCGCCAAACUGAGAGUGAUGUAUUCUGGGAACUACACCGUGCGAAUCCGAGCCACGUCAUUGGCUGGAAAUGGCUCUUGGACUGAACCUACCUACUUCUAUGUCCCAGACUCAGAUCCUAUGAGCAUUGUGAAAAUCGCAGUAGCUCCAGUCAUUUGCUUUGCCCUGUUACUGAUAGUGGCCAUUGGUGGAUUUGUAGUGUUCAGGAAAAAUCAAACCCAAGGUCCAAGUGGUCCAAUCUAUGCCUCCUCCAACCCUGAAUAUCUCAGUGCUAAUGACGUGUACGAGGAGGACGAAUGGGAGGUUCCUCGAGAUAAGAUCAACAUUUUGCGUGAGUUGGGUCAGGGCUCGUUCGGGAUGGUGUAUGAAGGCAUUGCAAAAGACAUCAUCAAAGGAGAGUCAGAGACAUACGUCGCUGUGAAGACUGUCAAUGAAUCGGCCAGUCUGCGCGAGAGGAUCGAGUUUCUCAAUGAAGCUUCAGUCAUGAAGGCCUUUAGCUGUCAUCAUGUGGUGCGUCUGUUGGGGGUGGUCUCCAAGGGACAGCCCACUCUCGUCGUCAUGGAGCUGAUGACUCAUGGAGACCUGAAGAGCUACCUGCGCUCGCUGAGGCCGGACGCAGAGAAUAACCCCGGGCGUCCUCCUCCAACCUUAAAGGAGAUGGUACAAAUGGCUGCAGAGAUCGCUGAUGGAAUGGCUUAUCUCAAUGCUAAGAAGUUUGUGCACAGAGACCUGGCAGCUCGAAACUGCAUGGUCGCUCAUGAUCUCACUGUCAAAAUAGGAGACUUUGGCAUGACCCGAGACAUCUAUGAGACGGACUACUAUAGGAAAGGAGGUAAAGGUCUGCUCCCAGUGCGGUGGAUGGCUCCAGAGUCUCUGAAGGACGGGGUCUUCACUGCCCACUCGGACUGCUGGUCGUUUGGAGUGGUGCUGUGGGAGAUCAGUACUUUGGCAGAGCAGCCGUACCAGGGCUUGUCCAAUGAGCAGGUGCUGAAGUUUGUCAUGGACGGGGGAUACCUGGACCGGCCGGACAACUGCGCAGACAGACUACACAACCUGAUGCAGAUGUGCUGGCAGUACAACCCCAAAAUGCGCCCCACAUUUCAGGAGAUCAUCGAGAUGUUGAGGGAGGACCUGCACCCCUCUUUCCAGGAUGUGUCUUUUUUCUUCAGCGAGGAAAACAAACCUCCGGAGACCGAGGACUUCGAUCUGGAUAUGGAGAAUAUGGAGAGCAUCCCCUUAGAUCCCUCCUCUUAUUCCCACAGAGAGGGCCAGAGUUUGGACAGAGACGAGGCCGCUUCCAUGGGGCUUCUGGGCAGUUACGAGGAACACCACAUGCCCUUCACGCACAUGAACGGAGGCAAGAGCAAUGGACGGAUACUAGCUCUGCCCCGCUCCACCCCCUCCUAACAAAACAUAGAUUAAAUAUAUUUUCAUUUUAUAUUAUAUAGACCUCACUUGUACUACACACUCUCAACAGCGCCAACCAGUGCAUUUCUCAGGACUUUAUUUUUCUCCUUUUUACAAUAGAUGCCACAGCCAAACACUACAGAGCAGUGGUCCCAAUUGCACGGGACCCUCUACGGACACUUAUUUUGUAUUUAAAAAAGAGCAACUCUUGACUUUCUCGUUCAUGAUUGUAGUUUGUAUACUGUACAUAAAUUGCCAACUUUGAGAUGGGACAGAGAAAAAGAUUCAACUGUGAAACAAACUUUAAACAAGAAGGCUGCUAACCCCACUGUCCCGAUUUCCUCUCGAUACAACUUUUAGGGUUUGUCUCUACAUUUUUUGAGAUUUUUUGUGAUAUAAAGUGCCCUUCUAUUUUGCCCAUGGCCUACAGCACUUGUCAUAGAACUGUUUCAAAGUCUAUGUUACAGAAAAGGAACUGAAAAGACUUUGGAUUUAAAAUAUUGUCAUUUUGAACAAACUCAAAUCCACUGGAGAAGCUAGUUGAAGUGGCUUACCUCCUUUAUCAACUCUGCAGUAUUCCGCAAUGGCACAACAGGAAAUAACACAUGACAUUUAUUACUUUUUGGGUUAUGUUUGGGUUUUUAAUUUAUUUACAGUCUGUUUUCUGUUUUAUUUUUGAAUUUUCACACUUACAGCUGAAGGAUAUUUAAACCAUGGCAAAAUGAGGUUGUCAGAUUGACCAAUAGCUGCUUCUUUGGUAUAUUUCAGUGGGUCUAGAAGUUAAAAGUAUAUAAAUAUAUAAAUGUAUUACUGUUGUUUUUGUACAUAGUUGAUAUGUUUUCAUUCUGGAGGUAUUUCCACGCAUACGGUCAUAGAAAAGAUGUUUUUACAUGUUAGUCUCUUAUGUUUUUGUUGUUUUUUUUUCUAAUGCAGAAAAUCAUAUUAAUAAUUUAGGAGAUUUUUGGACUCGCGAUCAACAGCACUUGUUUCUCUCUGCUUUGUGACGCCCAGGACAUGUUUUUGGGGUGUCUUCAGCUUAAAUCUCUGCCCAUCGUUAUCAAGAUCAAAUAAAUAGUGCUGUAAAUAAUGCAGCAAGGUGCAUUCAU